GUAGGCGGGGUAUCGAGGUCUUGGCCCUUCCUUUCCGGAAGUGUCCACUUUUGCGCUUUAUGGAACCGUGUGGAACUGACGUCAAGCUGUCAACAUGUAAGAUGGCGGCUCAUCAUAGACAAAAUGCUGCUGGGCGGAGAAAAGUACAGGUGUCCUACGUGAUUAGGGACGAGGUGGAGAAGUAUAACCGCAAUGGAGUGAACGCCCUGCAGCUCGACCCGGCCUUGAACCGCCUCUUCACUGCCGGCCGAGACUCCAUCAUUAGGAUAUGGAGUGUCAACCAGCACAAGCAGGACCCCUACAUUGCAUCAAUGGAACACCAUACUGACUGGGUCAAUGACAUUGUCCUCUGUUGCAAUGGGAAAACAUUGAUAUCUGCUUCCUCAGACACCACAGUGAAAGUCUGGAAUGCUCAUAAGGGAUUCUGCAUGUCUACAUUGCGAACCCAUAAGGACUAUGUCAAAGCUUUAGCCUAUGCCAAGGACAAGGAGUUGGUGGCCUCAGCAGGACUGGACAGACAGAUUUUCCUAUGGGAUGUCAACACACUAACAGCACUGACAGCCUCCAACAACACUGUCACCACCUCGUCGCUGAGUGGGAACAAAGACUCCAUCUACAGUCUGGCUAUGAACCAGAUGGGUACUGUCAUUGUGUCAGGGUCCACGGAAAAGGUGUUGAGAGUUUGGGAUCCUCGAACCUGUGCCAAACUGAUGAAGUUGAAAGGUCACACAGACAACGUCAAGUCGUUACUGCUAAACAGGGACGGCACUCAGUGUCUCUCUGGCAGCUCAGAUGGGACAAUACGACUGUGGUCGCUGGGGCAGCAGCGCUGCAUCGCCACCUACAGGGUACACGAUGAGGGCGUGUGGGCCCUGCAGGUCAACGAGGCGUUUACACACGUCUACUCUGGCGGCCGCGACCGCAAGAUCUACUGCACGGACCUGAGGAACCCAGACAUCCGCGUGCUCAUCUGUGAGGAGAAGGCCCCUGUCCUCAAGAUGGAGCUGGACCGCACGGCUGACCCCCCCACGGCCCUCUGGGUCUCCACCACUAAGUCCACCGUCAACAAAUGGUCUCUGAAGGGCGUUUAUAAUGUCCGUGCGUCUGGCGAUUACGACAACGACUCCACCACUCCCCUGACGCCUCUCUGCACACAGCCUGAGCAGGUGGUUAAAGGGGGAGCCAGCAUUGUUCAGUGCCACAUUCUAAAUGACAAGAGACACAUUCUAACUAAGGACACCAACAACAACGUUGCAUAUUGGGACGUUUUAAAGGCAUGUAAAGGAGAAGACCUGGGAAAGAUGGAGUUUGACGAAGAGAUAAAAAAAAGGUUUAAAAUGGUCUAUGUGCCCAACUGGUUCUCUGUGGACCUAAAAACUGGGAUGUUGACCAUCACGCUGGAUGAGAGCGACUGCUUUGCUGCGUGGGUGUCGGCCAAGGACGCUGGCUUCUCCAGUCCUGAUGGGUCAGACCCCAAAUUGAACCUGGGAGGACUGCUGCUACAGGCCUUGCUGGAGUGCUGGCCCAGGACUCACAUCAACCCCAUGGACGAAGACACCGAGAUGAACCAUGUGAAUGGCGAGCAUGAGAGCAGGAUACAGAAAGGGAACGGUUACUUUCAGGUGCCCCCUCACACUCCGGUCAUCUUCGGAGAGGCAGGGGGAAGGACCUUGUUCAGGUUGUUGUGUCGUGACUCGGGUGGUGAGACUGAGUCCAUGCUGCUCAAUGAGACCGUGCCACAGUGGGUGAUUGACAUCACUGUGGACAAGAACAUGCCCAAGUUCAACAAAAUCCCAUUCUACCUCCAGCCUCAUUCUUCCUCUGGGGCCAAGACGUUAAAGAAGGACCGUUUGUCGGCCAGUGACAUGCUGCAGGUGAGGAAGGUGAUGGAGCAUGUGUAUGAGAAGAUCAUCAACCUGGACAACGAGUCACAAACAGGGGCCUCUGGGAACAACGACAAGCCCAGCGAGCAGAAGGAGGACGAGGACAUGGCCGUGCUGGCUGAAGAGAAGAUUGAGCUGCUUUGUCAGGAUCAGGUAUUAGAUCCCAACAUGGACCUGCGGACAGUAAAGCAUUUUAUCUGGAAGAGUGGCGGAGACCUCACACUUCACUACCGGCAGAGGUCAACGUGAGGUCACUGGUAUCGGCAUAGAAGCCUCUUCCUCCGCUAGCCUGUGCUCCAUUCCUUUCUCCUGUAUUUUCCCUCUGGCGCCAAACCUGGACUGUUCAAACCCGUCCCACCAGAUCCAUGUGUUAGUGACAACAACCAGUGCUCCACAUCUCCUUGUACAAGCUUCUAAGGGGUCACGACACCUCCGUAGCUGGAGCUUCUCACACACAAAUAGCUGUUCUCCAAUCAGCCAUGUAAGCGGUAGAGGCAUGAGAACACACGAAGAGGAGGGCAGGAAACAAUUGUUGCUGUGUAGAGUGAAUGAUUGAAUUUCCAGGGCGUUUACAAAAAAGAAAUUCAUUUAUUUUUAUUCUUUGCCUACUUUAUUUCUUAAAAAUAAUAGUUUUAUUGCCAUGUCUGUCUUUAGUGAGAGAGAGGGCUUGGCAGUUAUCUUGAGUAGAUCUGCUUGGGUGUUCGCAUAUUGUGGAUGUGAAUAGUAGGUUUCUUUCUGUAUUCCCGCCCAAACAUUCCUGAAACAUUCUUGUUUUCCAACCACCUUUCUUCCUAUAAUCCAUUUUUAGCGAAUGGCUCAUUAAGAUUUUCUGGAUAGUCAGGCUACCAUUCAAAAUAACCAAGGACUUGACAAGAAUGUAAGGACAUGAAGAUGCCUCAGUUGCAUGUGUGAUCUCCCUCAGUCAUGUUAGCUUCGCACCUGUCUGAGGUCAGUAUUGAAGGCUGCUGAGUGAA